AUGCCGAAGAUACUGGACAGACGGAUCCCGUAUGAGUUCUUCCGAAAGAUCGGUAGUGCCAUUGCUUUUAUACCGCGGCGGCUGGAGGCGAGGAACGUUGAAGUUCCCCGUGGUGGGUCAAUCGGUGGGCGGAGAAGCGACGGCCAACGGAGCAACGCACGUGGUGUUCCGCGCCAAGAGGCGGAAGAAUUGGCUGACCGCUAA